AUGACUGGCGGCGGCAAGUCUGGCGGCAAGGCCUCUGGUUCCAAGAACGCGCAAUCGCGUUCUUCCAAGGCUGGUCUCGCGUUCCCUGUUGGUCGUGUCCACCGUCUUCUCCGAAAGGGCAACUACGCUCAGCGUGUCGGUGCCGGUGCCCCCGUGUACCUCGCUGCCGUCCUUGAGUACCUCGCUGCCGAAAUCCUCGAGUUGGCUGGCAACGCUGCCCGCGACAACAAGAAGACCCGUAUCAUCCCCCGUCAUCUCCAGCUCGCCAUCCGAAACGAUGAGGAGUUGAACAAGCUUCUGGGUCACGUCACCAUCGCCCAGGGUGGUGUUCUUCCCAACAUUCACCAGAACCUUCUGCCCAAGAAGACUGUUAAGGGUGGCAAGAACGCGAGCCAAGAGCUGUAA